AUGGAGGCGGCGGCGGGGCGGCUGAGGGAGCUCGGGGAGAAGCCGGAGGCGGCGGCGCUGUCGGACGUCGGCGCCAUCGUCGCGCUCCUCGAGGUAAUAAGAUUUUUUCCCUCAGAAUUCUGUGGUAGGAAGGGCGGCCGUGAUGAGAACAGGCCGGCCGAGGGCUCGGACGCGGAGGAUGACACCGCAGGCAACGGGCUGCCGAUGGCCAACCUCGUGCGCCUCAUGCGGCAGGUGAUCCCGACGAAGGCCAGGAUCUCCGCGCGCGCCAAGCAGCUCACCCACGACUGCGCCAUCGAGUUCGUCGGCUUCGUCGGCGGCGAGGCGUCCGAGCGGGCCAUGGCGCAGCACCGCCGCACCAUCGCGCCGGAGGACUUCACGUGGUCGUUCCGGAGGCUGGGGCUCGAUAACUACGUCGAUCCCCUGACCACCUACAUCCGCCGCUACCGCGACUACCAGAACGCCGGCGGCGCCAGCAGCAUCCUCGCGCCGCGCCCUCCCCCCAGGGCGGCGCCGGGCGCGCCAUGCUUUACCGAUGAGGAGAUGCAGUUCCUGAGGUCGGUAGUCCCUCCGCUGCAUCAAGGAUACGAUGCCGCGGUAAGCUCGUCGAUGCACGUGCCGCCACCGGUCGCGCACGGCUAUGGUUAUACUGGAUACAUGUGA